AUAGUCUAUGAAGCGUUCCGCAAUAAAAUUUCGUGAAAAGUAGGACUUGUUAUUAAUUUUGGCGGGAAACUGUGAAAUAAAAAUCAGUUUUUCCACAUGUGCGUUUCCGUGCGUAGACUCAGAUAGGAAAAUCACCAGCUUGAAAUAAGUUGAACAGAAAACUGAAAAAUGGGAAAGGAAAAGAUCCACAUCAACAUUGUUGUGAUUGGUCACGUAGACUCGGGCAAGUCCACAUCGACUGGUCACUUAAUUUACAAAUGUGGCGGAAUUGACAAGAGAACGAUCGAAAAGUUUGAGAAGGAGGCUGCCGAGAUGGGUAAGGGCUCUUUCAAGUAUGCCUGGGUGUUGGACAAACUGAAGGCAGAGAGAGAACGUGGUAUCACCAUUGACAUUGCUCUGUGGAAAUUUGAGACCACCAAGUACUAUGUCACCAUCAUUGAUGCCCCAGGUCAUCGUGAUUUCAUCAAGAACAUGAUUACAGGAACCUCACAGGCUGAUUGUGCCGUGCUUAUUGUUGCCGCCAGUACGGGAGAAUUCGAAGCUGGCAUCUCAAAGAAUGGCCAGACAAGAGAGCAUGCCUUGCUUGCUUACACUCUUGGCGUGAAGCAGAUGAUCAUUGGUGUUAACAAGAUAGACAACACCGAACCACCAUAUUCCGAGGCGAGAUUUAACGAGAUAAAAAAGGAAGUUAGCGGUUACGUGAAGAAGGUGGGGUAUAACCCUGCUGCCGUAGCUAUUGUACCAAUUUCUGGUUGGCAUGGUGACAACAUGAUUGAUGCAUCUGACAAAAUGCCAUGGUACAAGGGAUGGAGUGUUGAGAGGAAAGCGGAAAAGAAGGAAGAUGAAAAAGCUUCAGGAAAAACACUAUUCGAGGCUCUUGAUUCUAUUCUUCCACCUACCCGACCAACGGAGAAGCCCCUACGUCUGCCACUUCAGGACGUAUACAAGAUUGGAGGUAUUGGAACAGUGCCAGUGGGUCGAGUUGAAACGGGUGUUCUCAAACCAAACAUGGUGGUUACAUUUGCUCCAUCACAACUGACCACUGAGGUCAAGUCGGUCGAAAUGCACCACGAGUCUCUCCCUGAGGCUUUACCAGGUGACAACGUUGGUUUCAACGUGAAGAACGUCUCUAUAAAAGAUAUCAAGAGAGGAAAUGUAUGUGGAGAUUCAAAGAACGAUCCGCCCAAAGGAGCAAAUCACUUCGUUGCUCAGGUUAUCAUAAUGAAUCACCCAGGUGAAAUAAGGAACGGUUACGCCCCAGUACUAGACUGCCAUACAGCACACAUUGCUUGCAAGUUUGAAGAAAUCAAGGAAAAAAUUGAUCGUCGUUCCGGUAAAAAAUUGGAAGAUAAUCCGAAGUUCGUUAAAACAGGGGAUGCUUGCAUGGUAAAGUUGGUUCCAUCGAAACCCAUGGUAGUUGAAGCUUUCGCCGAGUAUGCUCCUUUGGGGCGUUUCGCCGUCCGGGAUAUGAGACAGACAGUCGCUGUGGGCGUCAUUAAGCAAGUAGAGAAAUCCGAGAAGACGGGAAAAGCAACCAAAGCGGCACAAAAAGCAACCGGAAAGAAGAAAUGAUCAUGACACAUUGUGCACGUGCUUGCGGAACAGGCCCUGUGUUUAUACAAGAAUGACGCUGCUGUGAGCGGAAACACUUUUGUACAAUAAUGCACUGUAUGAUGAACUGUACGAUAGAUUGUAGGAAACAGAGUAUUUUGAAAGUUUGAUUUUCAUUAUUAGUAAUUUUGUUUUUUGUUUCAUUUUCAUUUGUUAAAUAUUUCAUUCUAUUAUGUGCAAAUCAAAAAGAUACUGUAAACACUUUCAUGCCACGAAUGCAAUUUAGUUUCAUUUCGUUAACGGAGAAGAGGGAUAGGUGAGAAAUAGAUUAUAGAUGCUUUUUAAAUGGACUGUGUAUAGGUGAUACUUGUUUGGGGGUUCCAAAUACAUUUUCACUAACGAAGUGUUGAAUGACAGUGUCUCUAUAUUUUUUUUCAUACAAGAAAAAACGUUUUGAACAUAGAGCAAUGAACUCAGCACAAAUCAGCUUUGGAAUAUUGUAACUUUUGGAAAAGUAAACAGUCGCUUGCUUGUGAAAUUAUUGAUAUCCAGAACUGUUUAGUAAACAAAUUGUUUACUGCCUGGUUGUUUCCCAAGAAGGGAUUAUUUUGAUGAUCAUAAAAAGCUUUAGUUUAUAGAAUACAAUUCGUUUACCAAAUAAAGCAAGUGCGUUCGUUUAAUUACUUCGUUGUAUAUACGUCUUUGCUGUAAAAUGUCAUGACAUAAACGUAAAGUUAUACAAAAUGAAA